AUGUCCGCCAGCAAGUCGCCAUUCAAGAAGUCUAUACCAUAUGAGUUUCAAGAUGUGACUCUCAUCGACACAAAAUCGUUGAUUGGUGGUCAAUGGGUCGGUGCCGCGUCAGGGAAGACGUUCACACUAUCAGAUCCUGAAGACGACGCCGAGAUCUGCCAGAUCGCCGACCUCAGCGCCGCCGAUACCCGCGCCGCUAUCGACGCUGCGAGCACGGCAUUUGAAAGCUACAAACUCACACCGCACCGCGAGCGACGGUGGCUGAUGCGGCGCUGGGCCGACCAGAUCAAAGCCCACCGCGCCGACCUGGCUGCGCUGUGCACCCUCGAGCUCGGCAAGCCCUACACGGAGUCCCUGGGCACCGUGCAGUACGCCAUCGACUUCAUCGAUUGGUUCGAGGGCGGCAUCGAGCGCACAUUUGGCGAGACUAUCCCCGCGGCACGGGGAAAUAACCGGAUUCUCACGAUCAGGGAGCCUCAGGGCGUGGUCGCCUGUAUUACCCCCUGGAACUCCCCCGUGGCUAUGGUCACGCGGAAAGUCGGUGCAGCGAUCGCGGCUGGUAACACGGUGGUGUGUAAGCCAGCCCCGGAAACGCCACUUUGUGCGAUCGCUCUCGCGAAGCUAUUUGAGCGAGCAGGAGGUCCGCCGGGGGUGUUUAACGUGGUGACUGCCGGGCUUGAAAAUACUCCGGCGAUCGGCGAGGAGCUGUGCAGUCACCCAGCAGUAAAGCACUUGAGUUUCACGGGGUCUACUCCGGUGGGCAGAUUGCUUAAUACGAUGUGUGCCAAAACCAUCAAGAAGACGAGUCUCGAGCUCGGUGGAAAUGCACCGUUUAUCGUGUUUGAAGACGCCAAUAUCGAUAAAGCUGUGGCAGGUCUGAUCACAUCCAAGUUCCGCUCGUCGGGCCAAACGUGCGUCUGUGCGAACCGCAUCUUCGUCCAUGCGUCAAUCCUGGACAAGUUCGCCGACGCCCUGACGGAAGGGUUGAAGCGCACCUUCACCUACGGCUCUGUGUGGGAUAGGAAAGUCAACUUUGGACCCCUGUACGCCGGCAAGGGGAUCGCGAAGGUGGAAGCCCACCUGGACGACGCUCUCGGCAAAGGUGCUCGCGUCCACUCGGGAGGCAAGGACACUUCACUCGGACCUAACUUCUUCCCGGCUACUGUCGUGAAGGGCGGCACGGCGGGCAUGAAGUUCAUGACCGAGGAGACCUUUGGGCCGCUGGCGUUUCUCGUCCCCUUCCAGACCGAGGAGGAGGCGAUCAAGAUGGCGAACACGUCGGACGUCGGCUUGGCCGGCUAUUUCUACACGGAGGAUAUUUCACGACUGUGGAGGGUCGCGGAGGCGUUGAAGGUGGGCAUGGUCGGGGUGAGGGUCGGCCUGGUCAGUGCGGCCGAGGCGCCCUUUGGGGGUGUUCUGGAGAGUGGACUGGGGAGAGAAGGAGGUAUUGCUGCGCUGGAAGAGUACUUGGAUAUCAAAAGCAUCACGAUCGGAAUCUGA